AGCUUUCCCGCCCCUGCUCCGGGCGUGCCAGCGGGCCGAUGGGCUGCGGCGCGUCUGCAGGGAAGCAGAGUCCUGCCGCGGAUGAACCCGGCAAGAAGGGCGCCGGCGCAGCCUCUGCGGUCGCGGCCGCCAGCGCGGGCAAGGGCGCCAGCGCCGGCGCUGCCUCGGUGUCCGUGGAUGCGGGCAAGGUCGCCAGCGCGGCCUCGGAGGUCGCGGCCACCGACGCGGGCGAGGGCGCCAGCGUUGGCUCGGCCUCGGCGGACGCGGGCAAGGGCGCUGGUGCAGCCUCGGGUUCCGCAAACGCGGGCAAGGGCGCCAGCACGGCCUCGCGGGCCGCCGCCGCCGACGCGGGGUGCCAGGAACCCACCUCGGAGCAGUUGCGGUGUCUCGUGGACGAGAUUGGCGUGAUUAUUCGCAGGGAUGACAAGACAAAGGAGGCUCCGUCCGACGAGAUCGGGGGCGGCAAGUGGUGGUGGGGGCACUCGACCGGCAGCGGGCAGCCGCUGGGCUGCCCCUUCGCUCUGGCCGCCGCGACGGCGCUGCUGCCCCCGUACCACCGCGACAUGAUUCGGUGGAAAUCGUGCCCCGCCUACGCCGACCACAUGGCCCACGAGCAGGGUGGCAGGGGGCCGUUCUGCGGCGGCACCGUGUACCAGACCCACGAGGACUGCGAGAGGAUGCUGCGGGAGCACGUCGCGGAGUGGGAGAGCGGCGGCAGGGUCGAACGCAAGAACGAACUCGGGUUCCUGGUCCUGGACGACGGCAUCUUCCCCGAGCCGCACCGGUGCCUGGGCCUCGGCUACCCCGUCGACGUCCACAGCAUUUGCCGGCGCUUCGUCGGAGAGCUGAUCCACCGCAUCCCUGGCCGUGGCGCUCUGAUGAAGGAGGUUCACAGGUUCAUGCACGGCCGCAACAGGAUCGAGUUCCCCCAGGACGUGGAUGUGUGGUGGACGCGGAUGUUGUGGACAUACGUCGUCGGCAACGAUGUGGACGUUCCGUUUGUCCGCAAGUUCUUGGGAAUGAGGGACUCGUGGUUGAUGGGGUCGGUUGCCAGCGCAGGACAAAUUUCGCUCCACGAUUUGACCUUUAGAACCGAUGACAUAUUGCGAGACCAGAAGAUCUACCGUGACAGAAUUGAGCAGAAUUUGCCGAACGAGGUGCCGCAGGAACACAGGCUCCUCGUCGCGCAGGGUGUCCUGGAGAUGAUCUGCUUCGCGGGCGGGCUGUCGGUCCCGUCGACCAUCACGUCCGCGGUCGCCUGCAUGUACAGCGGAAUCAUGCCAGAGCCCGUCACGCUGGGCAACGUGGAGGCGUUCGUCUUCGAGGUCACGAGGUUGUUCCCUGCAGUGCAUGGCUUCCCCUGGCACAAGGACGGCCACCGCCACAUUCUGCACCUGUCCGCGACCCUGAGGGAUCCAAAGGCGUGGGGUCCCGACUCGGACAAGUUCACGCUGAAGGACGUGGGCCUGUACAGGGAGAAGCACCUCGGGUUUGCAGACUCGGCCAGAAGCGCCAAGGACGACACCAACUCGAGGAACUGCCCAGGGACGCGCCAGGCCCUCGACGUCUGCCAGGCAUUCGUCAUUGUGCUCAGCUCCUGGACCUACCGCCACUGCGCGGCCCCCAAGCAGGCGUGGCGUUGCCCCGAGAAGAUCCAGCCUGCAGUGAAGCCAAACUAUUUCGAGGCGUUCACUUUAGAGAGGGACGGUGUCAAUUUGGGCGAUAAUCUUUUGUUGUAUGAGCAGUUGAGCGACGGCAACCAGACCGGGGAGAUACUAUUCGUCGACUUCACCCCUGAGGAUUUCCAGUCAUUCAUUGACACAGUUGAUGCUGACGGAGAUGGCGUUCCUGAUGCCAUUACUGCGAUGAGUUUGUUCACCAGGAUCUUCUACAGAGCCAGCAAGGCCGUCUGGGAAAGCCAGUACCACAUCACCGAGAUCGAGGUGCCCAAGAGGCCGGCGGCCACGCUGACGGAAAAGGACAGCAUGUUGUUGCCAGUCGGGGGCAUUCGGAUGCCCAAGGACGACGAGCAGUGGGGUGGCAUGCCUGUGUUGCAGAUGCUUGGUCAGAGGGCCCUCAUAUUUCUGAACAGCAUGAGCAGCGACGCCGUGAAGGAGUCGCUGUUGGUGAAGGACGAGGAAUCGCGCAGACAGGCCAUCUACUUGGCCAGGCAGGCUUACCUGAUGCCGCAGGGGGGCUCGUUCCUGCCGAAGCAGAAGGACAAGUGGGAGGAGUUCUCGAGCGACCGGGCCCAGGGCCUCCUGGCGCUCUACAGCUGGGGGCAGCUGGACCUCAGGUGCAACAAAGAUCCAGAAUUUGAAGGCCUCGGAGAAUUCGUCGUCGAUCCGUUCAGCAAGCUGCUUGGGUCCAUACCCGUGCGCGACACUGAGCAGUUCGAGCGUCUCGGCGCAGCUGCUUUCUUCGACCGAGGAGAAGGCUCGGGCGAGUUGCGCAUCACUGCGAUCAAUUGGUGCCAUGCUGGACGCGUUGUGAAGCCAGGGGACGACGAUUGGGAGCAUGCCAAGUACGCAUGGAGAUGUACGAUGGGCUUGAAGGUGACCGCAGUGGACCACCUGGUAGCCACCCACUGGAUUGUGUCGAAUGCUUUCUCCACGUCGAUGAGGGAGUCAUUUCGUGCCAAUCAUCCUAUCAGACGGCUGCUUCAUGUCAACAUGUACGACACGGCGUCAAUCAAUUACACGUCUUUCUGGACUUUGUACCCAGAGAAUGGUUUCCUGCACCACAUGACGCCCUGGAAGCACGAAGGGCUCGUUGGUGCCUUCGACGCCGCAUUCUCUUCAUUUCGGUACAGGACGUGGCCGCAAACCUACGAAGAAAGCGACUUACCAGAGGAUCUGAAGGCAACGAUGCCCAUGUUUGAGGACGGGCUGGCAGUAUGGAGGAUGUUCCGCGAGUGGCACGCUGCCUACAUCAACCUGUACUACGAGGGCGACCUGGAAGUACUGGCAGAUCCCGAGAUACAGCAGUACUGGACAUUCCGUUGCUCGCCUCAGUACAAAAAGGGACUGCCACCCCUGUCGAAGGACGCCCUCAUCGACCAGGUCACCCACACUGUGUUUUGGACUUGUGCUUUCCACGAGUUCGUGGGCUCGGCCGUGGAGUUCUGCACGGACCCCUCGGGCCUGUUCUUCCAGGUGCGCCCGGGUCAGAACAUGGCAGACAUGCAGCACAUGAUGCAGGCCGUCGACGGCUUCCACAUGAGCACUUUCCGGGGCAAGGAGUGAUCCAUGGCCACCGCCUCGCGGGUCGAGGACCGCGGCAGGCGGUGGAUAUGGAUAUGCCUGGGCCCCCCCGUGACCAACAUAUAUAAGUAUUCAAAGCUCGCUGGGGUCCCAAGGCGUCGGUUCCCCAGGCGGUAAAUGUGAACAUGUGCCUUUGCCUCGCACAGCUGCGCCCAAUGACCCCGAUAUUUGUCCAGGUCACGUCCAUGAUUUCACCGCGCAAACAGG